CUUCUAACCCUGCGCUCUGCAGCUAGCUCAUAAGCUCACUGCAGGCCUAAGCACCCACUAAGAUUUCUUUUUAAAAACAGAGCGCCGCAUCUCAACCGACAGACACCGCUAAACUAUUUACCCAUUUCAUUCGAGCCGCCUUAUAAUGCAACCUCAAGGAAGGACUCGAGAGCAGCCACCGGGCUCUGUAGAUGGGGACGAGAUCACGCCCCUCCUGGGCGAUCCUGACGAACUGCUCGCUCAGCCUUUGACGGAUAAGUCUGAACUAUGGCUACUUGCUGAAUACUCGUUGCCGUUAAUCGGCACGUAUUUUCUCCAGUAUUCGUUUACCAUCAUCACCACGCUGGUCGCCGGGCACUUGAGCUCAGAUGACUUGGCCGCUACCAGCAUUGGAUUGACGACGUUAAACCUGAUCGGGCUUGCUACUUUUGAGGGUAUGGCCACGGCUCUCGACACUCUUUGUUCGCAAGCCUACGGUUCGGGGAACUAUCAUGGUGUCGGUCUCCAUGUUCAACGUAUGAUGCUUUUGAUGGCUAUAUCUCUCAUACCCAUAGCGGCUGUUUGGCUUUGCUCGCAUUGGAUUCUUCCCGUUUUCGUCAAGCAGGAUUAUCUGGCAGCCAAAGCGGCAUCUUUCCUGCGAGUCAGUCUGAUCGGGAUGCCUGGUUAUGCGUCUUUUGAAGCCCUCAAACGCUUUUUACAGACCCAAGGCGAUUGCAAUGCCGCGCUCGUGAUACUACUCGUAUGUGCGCCGCUCAAUGCUGCCCUCAGUUGGUUCUUCGCCUUUAAGCUAGGCAUGGGCCUUGAAGGGGCCGCUCUCGGCGCAGCGUUGACCAACAACAUUCGUGCUAUCAUGCUUGUACUGUACAUCGCCCUCAUCGCAAAGUGGUCCCAUUGCUGUUGGGGUGGUUUGUCCAGAGAAGCGUUCAAGAAUUGGGGGCCGAUGCUUCGACUAUCUGCUGCCGGAUCCGCAGUGAAUCUUGGAGAGUGGCUUGCUUUUGAGGCCGUCACCUUUAGUACCUCCUAUAUAAGUACAGAGCACCUCGCUGCUAUGACUAUUCUGACCCAGCUCUCUGUCAUUACGUGGCACAUUCCUUUCUCCAUUAGCGUGGCUGUGAGCAUACGCAUAGGACAUCUCAUCGGUGCUGGGUUAGUGGCGAAUGCGCGGCAUGCGGCAGCUCUCUACAGUGUCGUGUUCGCAGGAAUCGGCUGCUUAGAUGCGGUUGUGUUCUUCUUACUGCGACAUGAGCUGCCGAAGAUCAUUUCCAAUGAUGAGUAUGUUCGUGGCAUUGCAGCUCAGGCUAUGACGACCGUAGCCGCAUUCCAAAUUGUUGAUGCCCUUAAUGUAGGAACUGGGGGAAUCCUGCGAGGACUAGGUAGACAGUCCUUUGCGGGCGUCGUUGUCUUCCCAGUUAACUACCUAUUCGCUGUCCCGCUGGCAAUAUGGCUGGAGCUUGGCUCGCCAGACCUUAAGUUGCACGGAACAUGGAUUGGACUUGGACUGGGUCUAUUAGUCACGGUCUCAAUCAACUGCAUAUAUAUGAAGUGGUUGAAGUGGCAAGAUUGCGUUGAGAGUAUAAAAUCGCGGGAAGAAGCAUGAAGAAGGUGGUUCUCCAACGACCUCUUUUCGCAACACGGUGGCCAUGAUCCCUGUCUUCUAUCACCGCGAAGUUGGCCGAGACUAUCAUGACGCAGGCAUAAGCUCUAUGAUUUAGUUGCGACUUCCAUGCCAUUAAGCAGUGACGCUUGGUCCCUCUAUUGGAUCCAGUGUU